AUCAAUGUGCGUCGAAUAACAAUUCAACGUGAGGCUGAGCAUCUGAAGUUAGCAUCUUGAAUCAUUCAACCUAUUUAUUGUCUAUAGGUUCUUUGUUAAACAUAAUAUUAAGCUAUGGAUGACGAAGAGGAAACAUAUAGGUUAUGGAAAAUUAGAAAAACUAUCAUGCAGUUGUGUCAUGACCGAGGUUACCUGGUGACCCAGGAUGAGUUGGACCAGACCUUGGAUGAGUUCAAGAGCCAGUUCGGGGACAAGCCGAGUGAGGGUCGCCCUAGACGGACGGAUCUCACCGUGCUCGUGGCACACAACGACGACCCCACAGACCAGAUGUUUGUUUUCUUUCCCGAGGAGCCCAAGGUUGGAAUCAAGACCAUUAAGAUGUACUGUCAGAGGAUGCAGGAAGAAAACAUUACACGUGCCAUCAUUGUAGUCCAGAUGGGAAUGACACCAUCAGCUAAGCAGUCUCUAGUUGACAUGGCCCCCAAAUACAUCUUGGAACAGUUUCUACAACAGGAGCUCCUUAUCAACAUCACAGAGCACGAGCUGGUUCCUGAACACAUUGUCAUGACAAAAGAGGAACUGUCUGAACUUCUGACAAGAUACAAGCUGAAGGAGAGCCAACUGCCCAGGAUCCAGGCAGGCGACCCCGUGGCUCGUUACUUCGGCCUCAAAAGAGGCCAGGUUGUAAAGAUUAUCAGGCCCAGUGAAACGGCAGGACGUUACAUCACCUACAGAUUGGUCCAGUGACUGCUACUGGCAGGACUACGGAUGCCAAGGUACAAUGGCAACUCGUGUGCUGCACUGUCCCCCCAGGUAUGGCGCGACACCUUUCAGAGGGCAUGGAGGAAUCAGUGAAACCUGUGUGUCAUUGGAUGAUUGGCUGUUUUCCAUCUCCAGUUUAAUCCUGCUUUAGUUACUUUUCUUUGUGAAAUUUUGUAAUUUUGUGUAAUAAACUGACAGAAAAAUGUUUA